AAUAAUUUUGCUGGGGGUGGGGCGGCCCCUGACUAUAUAAGCCUGGACCUAGGUGUCCCAGGCACGCUGGAGGCCCUGACCCUCCACUGCUGACCCCUGCACACUCCAGCCUGAUCCCCAGCCAGUCCAGCAAUGACAGAAAUAGCCACCUCGGAGGCCCCCGCCUGUGGUCCGGAGGAGACCGCUUCUGAGUCUGCCAAGGUGCCCACCACAGAGCCCUCGGGAGAAGUGGCAGCAUUGGAGUCGGCCAGGGAAGAGCAGGCUCCCACGCCCCAGGAGCCUGCCCCUCAGGCACUUGCCCCCGCAGCCACUAAACCCGCACCUGCAAGUGAAGAUCUCCCCAGUGCCCCGCGGCUGCUGGCCGUGGAGGAUGUGAGCGACAGCUCAGUGACUGUGAGCUGGGAGCCCCCGGAGAGGCUGGGGCGGCUGGGGCUGCAGGGCUACGUGCUGGAGCUCUGCAGAGAGGGAGCCUCGGCGUGGGUGCCUGUGAAUGCCCGUCCCAUGAUGGUGACACAGCAGACCAUGCGGAACCUGGCUCUGGGAGACAAGUUCUUCCUGCGUGUGGCUGCGGUGAGCUCUGCAGGGGCCGGCCCGCCCACUGUGCUGGACCAGCCUGUCCACAUCCAAAAGACCAUCGAGGCCCCCAAGAUCCGUGUCCCCCGCCACCUUCGUCAGACCUACAUCCGCCAGGUGGGAGAGGCAGUCAACCUGCAAAUCCCCUUCCAGGGGAAUCCCAAGCCUCAGGCCUCGUGGACCCACAACGGCCACACCCUGGACAGCCAGCGGGUGAGCAUCCGCACUGGGGACCAGGACUCCAUCCUCUUCAUCCGCUCAGCCCAGCGCUCCGACUCAGGCUGCUAUGAGCUCACAGUGCGGCUGGAAGGCAUGGAGGCCAAGGCAGCCAUUGACAUCCUUGUGAUCGAGAAACCUGGACCCCCCAGAAGCAUCAGGCUACUGGACGUCUGGGGCUGCAACGCUGCCCUUGAGUGGACAGCACCCCAGGACACAGGCAACACAGACCUCCUGGGCUACACAGUGCAGAAGGCAGACAAAAAGACAGGGCAAUGGUUCACGGUGCUGGAGCGCUACCACCCGACCACCUGCACCAUCUCCGACCUCAUCGUGGGCAACUCGUACUCCUUCCGGGUCUUCUCGGAAAACCUAUGUGGACUCAGCGCCUCGGCCGCUGUCACCAAGGAGCUUGCUCACAUCCAGAAGGCAGAUACUGUUGCCAAACCUAAAGGGUUUGUUGAGCGAGACUUCUCAGAAGCCCCCUCGUUCACCCAACCCCUGGCUGACCAUACCUCCACCCCCGGCUACAGCACCCAGCUCUUCUGCAGUGUCCGAGCAUCGCCCAAGCCCAAGAUCAUCUGGAUGAAAAACAAGAUGGACAUCCACGGCGAUCCCAAAUACCGCGCCCUCUCCGAACAAGGCGUCUGCACCCUGGAGAUCCGGAAACCCAGCCCCUUUGAUUCUGGAGUCUACACCUGCAAGGCCGUCAACGUGCUGGGCGAGGCAUCUGUGGACUGCCAGCUGGAGGUUAAAGCCUCAGCCACACACUGAAGAGCAUCUGGAAGAGGCUGUGAUGAGGAGAAAGGUGCUGCAGGCCUGAGGGCUCAGGGCCGCCAGGCCCAGAACCAAGCUCCAUGGAAGCCAGACCCCCAUUU